UAGAAUCAUUUCUGUUGCUUCUCCCUUUUUGCUAGAGUUCCUUUAGUCCAUUUAUGGGGAAAAAACCUAGUUUGGGUCGCCAGAAAAUCGCGAUCGCCAGAAUCCCUAAGAAAAAUUAUCUCCAGGUGACUUUCUCGAAACGAAGAUCGGGGCUGUUCAAGAAAGCGAGCGAACUUUGCACUCUUUGCGGGGUUGAGAUCGGGAUCAUAGUAUUUUCUCCGGCUAGUAAAGUUUUCUCUUUUGGCCAUCCUGAAGUUGAACUAAUCAUCGACCGAUUUCUCGCCCGCCACCAUCCGCCUCCUCCUGAUACCAGCGCUCAUCACCAACUCUUUGAAGCUCAUCGAAACGCGAACUUUCGGGAGCUCAACAUGAUAUUGACUCAAGUCCUUGAUGAACUAGAAGCUGAAAGAAAGCGAGGGGAAGAGCUCGACGUGAUGCGAAAAGAGAGCCGAAGGCAGCGUUGGUGGGAGGCUCCCAUUGAUGAGCUUGGCUUGUGUGAGCUUGAGCAAUUGAGAAUGUCAAUGGAGGAGAUGAAGAAGAAUGUGAUGAAGUUGACCAGCAAGUUGAUGGCAGAUUCUUCUCUUCCAAAUGGUUUGCCAUUUUCAGGGGUUAAUAAUGGAUUAGGGCUUUGUGACCCUUUUGAGGACAAGGUCCUUCAAGCGAACGGUGCUUCCACUUUUUCUCAGAUCUUCAAUUUUCAUCAUGAAAGUGGACUUUUUUGAUUAUUUUCCUGAUAUUUC